GCCGUCGAGGUGGGAAUAGAAUUACACUGAGGGACAGCCGAGGGGAAAGAAGGACAGCCUGGGACAUGUGGCACCUCCACCUGGUUUGACUGGUGCCGAAACAGUGACGCCGGAGCCAUCACGCAUGCUUGGCAGCCAGAAUGCUGGACCUUUCACCAGCGGUCUUGCACAAUUCCAGAAUGCUGGACCUUUCACCAGCGGUCUUCUACAACUCCAGCAUACGAAUCCCGUGCCUCCAAAUACACAACCCCGUGCAUUGCAAUCCGGAGGUCGGGUUCUCGAAAUGACCGACUACCCAAUGGCAGGUCGCGACGGAUCCCUAACUGCCCCAGACGACGACUUCGCAGAGGCUCGGUCAUCAGGCAGACCCGUCAGUGGCCAACCGCCCCUCAAAAAAGCGAGGCUAGAUGAUGGGAAAAGUGCGUUUAGCAACGAUCGAGUCUUGCCAAGUGAUGGCGUUGAUGCGUUCGAGAGAGCGAGAAGGUUUUCGGACUAGCUGCACUUGAUGCCAGACGUUUACGAUAUUCUUCGAUCACUUUUGGUAACACGACGCGAAGGACUUGGGAAGGAGUGGUAUCGCGAAGAGAGCAUAAAACUUCGUCUUUCUUCUCCUUUUCGUUGGCUGCGCAUGCGAUCGUCCCAGUGGAGCAAUUUGUAAUUUAUGUUUGGUCUCUUUAUGCCGAGCUCUGCUCUCAAUGCAACCAUCAUUGUGCAAAAGAGGAAUAUCCUAGCAAACAAUCACAUCUGGCUGAUCUGUGGACGGACGCUGUCGGAAGACAUUAGGGUCAAUUCAGGCCUAGAACCGCCGGCAUCGCAGCCUUCGCGA